GCGAAGAGCCUUAUCAAGCUCUGAGCUCACCGAAUUCGAUGCCUCGAACGCUCGUCGUUCACAAGGCUGAGCGGGGUAAAGAAUGCUCAACUACCCAUUAAGUUCAUAUCUCUCCAGUAAAUCUUUGAGGUGGAGUUAUCUCCCAUCCUCACCAUCAUGCCUGAGUCUCCGAUUGAAGGGUACCCGAAAUUGGCAUGCCAUAUGGGUAGCUGUCCCAACAGCUCCAUAUUCCGACGCUUCGGAAGCCUUAAUUCGAAGAACCUCCUCUAUCUACAGGCAGAAUUAGUGCAUUUAGAAGAGAAACUCCAGGCGUUAGAAGAAGUCGAUAGCAUUUCUCCCGUGGGGAAUUCUUCCGACUACUCGGGGGAUUGGUACUGGCUCGAAAACUCCAUUGAUGAGAACAACGGACAGCAAUUAGAGACCGUCUUGAAAAUCCGCGAGAAGCUCAAGGAAUAUAGUAAGAAACCAUUCUUUCAUUUCCUUUAUGAGAGAUAAUUGAAGCUUACUACUUUUCUUAGAUAAUGCUGUCAUUCGACAAGCCGUGUUACUAGGCUUCUCACCACCCCGAGCACACGAUCUCCAAACAUUACGCGAUUGGAUACAACGCCCACAAAUGGGAAACUAUCCCCUCAUCGGGACAAAUCGAAACACAUGGGGUUCUCUAGACUCCCUCAUCAAUCCCCAAACCGACCUCAUAACCCUCGCAACCCCAACGCACAACGACAUCUUCACGCACUGGUUCUUCGAAAAGCUCAUCCCUCUCAUCCACCGUCUGCCAUGGACCCGUGCUAAGGAGACAGACUUGGAGGCCGGCAUCGUGAUCUAUCGUGAUGAGAAUAUCCAGCGAUACACCGCGUUUCUGAGUACGAUUGUGGCGUCGUUACUGCCUACUGUGGCGAUUUGUGCUGUUUUGUGUGCAGGAGAUGAGGGUUCGGUUAGGAUUGAUUGCGGGAUUUACGGCGGUGUUUACGGCUUGUCUGGCGGUUUUUACUUCGGGGAGGAGGGGGGAGAUAUUUGCGGCUACUUCGGCGUUUGCGGCGGUGCAGGUUGUUUUUAUUUCGACGCAGCAGCAGUGGGCGACGUGAGUUAAUGGUCAAG